AUGAUCGGGCCAUCGUCAGGGACUACUGGCGAGGUCACCGAGAACCAGUGCUGUGCUUCCGUCAAACGGAAGAUCUUCGACGAUCUGGAGGUCGACGAUUCCAAACGAAAGGUCUUCGAUGAAUUGGACAUUGACAGCUUCUGCGAUGAGGUCCGUCAGACGAAUCGUAAACACUAUCUCGAGGAACUGGAGACGCCGGUAGAGUUGGUGGCUACAUCGAACGACAUCAUCGCCAAUGCGGCGGCACUCUUCUCGCCAAUGUCUGUCCAGGAGGUCGUCGAGGAGUCGCAGGUAGCGCGUUUGGAAGUGUUGCUGGUGGACGGCACAAACUGCACCUGGACGACCAUGUCGGAGCUGGAGCAACAGCAAAAUGUGGACAUCCUUGUGACUUCGUCUUCCUCGUCGUUGUCGUCUUCAGUUUCAUCAACCUCAUCUUCGUCAAACUCAUGUGUCGAGCGUCAUCCUACAGAAACUUACAUUGAAGAGCUUCAUUAUCAGCCGACAAUGUCGAUGAAUUAUUGGGAACCGGUCGCCGCUCCCGUAAUCUCGCUUGCCAAUCUGAACACGCAGCAAAAUAAAGGAACGAUAAGCAAUAAUCAGCAGCAGCAGCAGCAACAACAACAAUUCGAGGAUCAGGAAAAUGGAAAUUUGUCGUGGUUGUUGGACUUCAAACUGGAUCCAUUCAUCGAAGCCGCAGACGAUAGAUCCACUAUGGGACCCACCACGAUUACGAAGAACAAUUAUUAUGGCAAUAAGAAUAAACCGAACGGAAGGUCGCUUGGCUCCAAUUAUGCCAACGACGUCAAGAGAGGAUAUGGUAGUCACGAAAAUUCGUCGACGUAUCGACAGGACGUGAACCAGGUGACUUAUCCCGCCAAUGGAAUCGACAACCGAAAUUUCUCAUCCGCACGAUCCAAUGGGCCAAAGAAACCACCGUUUACCUAUACAGAAUUGAUAGAGCACGCGCUACAAGAGAGAGGCGAGCUCACGGUUUCCGCGAUUUAUCAGUGGAUCUCUGAACAUUUUCCUUACUAUAAAAGCAACGAUGAUCGCUGGAAAAACUCCGUGCGGCACAAUCUCUCGAUAAAUCCGCACUUCAGGAAAGGAUCGAAAGCUACUCAUGGGGCGGGUCACCUUUGGGCGAUCGCGAAUCGUGGCGAUUGCAGACCUCGUCCGUUGCCCGUUAAUAGCCUGACGAGUACACCGACACAAAUAGCGCAAAAUGAAUCUGAAGAAUCUCGGAGUAACAAGAUUAUUAGCCAAAUCAUGGACGAGGUGGAGGCUGCGACGGCGAGCAUCACGCAGCCGAAUUCCGAGGAGGAUGCCGACGAUAUACUGAAUUCCGUAACGCUCGAGCAUUCUGCUGAGCAAAUACUCAACGGAAUAAAACGCCAAGUGGAAGUGCAAUAUCUAGUUCCCAUAGUAAGCAACGAUUCCGAGGCAGGUCAACAGAACGAGCAGGCGACGGAGCAACAAACAGAUUCACUUCAAUGCUCCUUCAAGGAAAGUGAUUUCCUGAACCCGGUAUCCAAGGAGGUCGUUGCCGAGGAAUGUGGACUUGUAAAUGAGGGAUAUUUGGUCACGGAUCCGACUACCCUGGGAUUAAACGUGGUCGAUCCCGAGAUUAUAGGAUCGGAAAAUCUCUUCGGUGAAGAACUCAGCUUUCAGUUUUAUGAAUUGACGUCGCCGUCGCAGCUGCAAUCCGCCUGA